AUGGCGGGGCACUUGGGUCGUGAGCUAGGCCGCCCGUACCCUUUCCCUGUCCAAGGCCUUCACCUCAACAACAUCCCUGCUGUCGUCCCUCACCAUGAAUCAACUGGGGGCUUCUUGCCGGAAGCCUUUAACGGGGCAACUCCUGGACAGGCCUUUGGAUUCAAGCCUGACUAUGGGCCGCAGGGAGGGGUGAUAGAGUCCCACCCUGGCGGUGGUGAAGCUCCCCGAGUUUGGUACCCCUUUCCUACUGGUGGGGAUGCUUGGAGCCACCAUCCUGGGGUGAUGAUGGGGGCUUAUGGGGUCCCUCCGCCUGGGGAGGCCUGCCAAGGCCCCAAGCCUGACAUCAAGGUGGAGCGAGACUUCGACCAGCCAGGGCCCUACCAUGGCCCCUCCUGGGCAGGAGGCUGCUAUCUGCCUCCAGCUGCUGCCCGUGUGACAUCUAGCAAUAGCAAGGAGGCUGCUGGUUCACCUGGCCGCGAGCCUGAGCCGUCCACCAGCCCCGCUAGCCAGCCCGAGGAGAUGGGCAGCGCCGAGAGCAGCCCUCAGAGCGAUGGCAGCCGAAGCCCCAGCGGACAGAUGGCCUCUGGAGAAGCCAAGGAAAGCGGCAGCGGAGAUGAGGAGACCAUUACUUCGGAGGAACUGGAACAGUUUACCAAGGAGCUGAAGCACAAAAGGAUCACGUUGGGCUUUACUCAGGCAGAUGUGGGACUGGCCCUGGGUAUGCUGUAUGGGAAGAUGUUCAGCCAGACCACCAUCUGCCGCUUCGAAGCUUUGCAGCUCAGCUUCAAGAACAUGUGCAAACUGAAGCCCCUCCUCCAGCGCUGGCUUGAAGAGGCAGACAGCAAUGAGAACUUGCAGGAGCAACUCUGCUCCAUGGAGACGGCCAUGAUCCAGGCUCGGAAACGCAAGCGCACCAGCAUUGAGAACAACGUGCGGGGCUCGCUCGAGACUUACUUUCUGCGCUGCCCCAAGCCCAACCUGCAGGAGAUCACUCAGAUUGCUGAGGACCUUAGCCUGGACAAGGAUGUUGUCCGUGUCUGGUUCUGCAAUCGUCGCCAGAAGGGCAAGCGCAGUUCAGGAGCUGGCUCUCGGGAUGAAUAUGAUGGUCCUGCUCUACCACCUCACUUCUCUCAUGGCUCACUCCAAGCUCCACCCCCUGGGUACAGUCCUGCCCACCACCAGCUACCCCCUCCGCCCCAGGGCUACAAUACAGCUGCAUUCGCUGCCCUUUACCUCCCCCCAUUUCAUGAAGGGGAGGGCUUUGUCCCUUCCACAUCAGGCUCUGCAGUCAUGGGCCACCCAAUGCAUUCAAGUUGA